CGUCACCGCUGUCAAGCUGCCAUUUUUCCUUUACCGCAAAAAAUGUGCCGACGUGUGGAGUGGUUUGGAACAAUGCUGCUCCGAAAUAAUUAAUAUAGGUCAGAUAUGAUAAUGAAAUAGAGCAGUUUUACUUUGGAUACUUACUGGAAUUUAGAGCAUGUCAUCAAACCCUUAAGCAUGCGUUUAUGUCGACCUUGAAAAAAAGCCUGAGUGAAAUUUUCUCACUCCACUCGGUUCCUCUGUGCCUACAUUAUUUUUUUGAAAUUGUGUGUUACAAGAAAUGCUUUUCAAUAUUAUCAGUUCCAGUUUCUGUCACCCAAGUUUCAAGAUUGGAGAGGGUUAAAAAAAUACAGGUAUGCCAGUCUACCACAAGAACUAGUCUGCACAGAAGACUUAACACCAUGGAAGAAACUACUGCCCUGUGAUACCAGACAUGGUCUAGCGUCUUUACUGAAUUCUGAAUACAUUCACAAUACAAGAUACCAUUCCUUGGGAAUACAUUGCCGUCAAACUUGUUCAGAUUCUACUUGUACUAUUCCAGCGUUAGAGUUGCAACAAACUAUAUCACAUGUUUAUGACUAUAAAAUCUUGGGCACCAAGGACUAGUCUUUCCGAAAGUUGUUUGGCCAAGGCUUCUAUCAAAACUGUGCUUUGGCUGAUCGCAGUGAUAUAUUUGUGGAUACCAUAAGUGCUUCAAAUACUUUGAACUUGAGCAACUUCCUGAUGAAGUAAUAAUUUUGAUAUUUACUGGAAUUUAGAGCAUGUCAUCAAACCCUUAAGCAUGCGUUUAUGUCGACCUUGAAAAAAAAUCUGAAUAAAAUUUUCUCACUCCACUCGGUUCCUCUAUGCCUACAUUAUUUUUUUAUAAAUUGUGUGUUUCAAGAAAUGAUUUUCAAUAUUUUCGGUUCCAGUUUCUGUCACCCAUGUUUCAAGAUUGGAGUGGGUUAAAAAAUACAGUCAGUCACAGCCGACUGUUCCCAAGAGCCCUAGGCGAGAUACUCAAAGAAUACAGCCUCCUAGAGCUUCACAUAAGCCUAACUAGUGGUCUUUGGAGAUAUGAACAGUGGGGUUACCCUGUAUAUGAUGCAGCCCCUGGUGCUGAGGUUUGGGCUUGGUUCCAAGAUGGAACAGAGAGUUUAGAUGAAAAAUGGAAACUAUUAAGCAAUAGACUAUCAGGACUAUUUUGUGCCUCAAUUAAUUUUGUUGAUAGGUCUAACAGUAUCAGCCCUGAGUUCAGUUUUAGACCUAGGGGAGUUGUAGAGAAUGUCACUAUAAACAAUAGCUAUGUAAGGUAUGCCAGUCUACCACGAGAACUAGUCUGCACAGAAAACUUAACACCAUGGAAGAAACUACUGCCCUGUGAUACCAGACAUGGUCUAGCGUCUUUACUGAAUUCUGAAUACAUUCACAAUACAAGAUACCAUUCCUUGGGCAUACAUUUCCGUCAAACUUGUUCAGAUUCUACUUGUACUAUCCCAGCGUUAGAGUUGCAACAAACUAUAUCACUUGUUUAUGACUAUAAAAUCUUGGGCACCAAGGACUGGUCUUUCCGAAAGUUGUUUGGGCAAGGCUUCUAUCAAAAGUGUGCUUUGGCUGAUCGCAGUGAUAUAUUUGUGGACACCAUAAGUGCUUCAAGUAAAUACUUUGAACUUGAGCAACUUCCUGAUGAAGUAAUAACUUCAUUUAGAGGUGGAUACACAAGCACUUUUGCCAAAUACACACUGAAAGAUAACUAUUUGUCAUUGAGCACAAAAAAGGGAAAUACGGAGAUAGUGCCACUCCAGAUUCCACCUUACAUCCAUGCUAACCAGUAUUUGAUUGGUUAUGGGCAAGAGAAAGGUGGGAUAGUCACAAAAAUUUACAAUAACUUCUGGAAACAUCUAGAUGUUAUUCUAUUACAAAAUAUUCCCUGGUAUGUUCCAAUCUAUUUGCAUACAUUGAAAAUCGUCGCUAAUGGCAGAGACAUCCAACCAUUUGCUCUGAGGUAUAUUCCUGGAAAGCAACGCGAAAAACCUUACUACCUUGAAGUACUAUUGAGGUUGCCUCCCCAGUCUACAACAACGAUAUCCGUAGACUUUGAUUACAUAUUCUUGAAAUGGCAAGAAUACCCCCCAGAUGCAAACCAUGGCUUCUACAUUGGAUCGGCAAUAAUUUCAGCAUAUCUACCUCUAGCGCGUAACUUCACUGGUUUACCGCAAGAUGGCGGUACAAUAAGAGACAGUUUUAAUGCUUCGCGAAACGGAUACCUUGUGCAAGUUAGGACUGAGAGUUUAGUGAUAACUCUGCCUACCCCAGAUUUUAGUAUGCCUUACAACGUUAUCUGUUUAGCCUGUACUGUUGUUGCACUUGCUUUUGGACCACUACAUAAUAUCACUACUAGGAAACUGGUGCUGAAACCAAUGAAAAAAUUAGGAUUGCUUGAUAGGCUGAAAAAAUUGUUACAUAAAGAGAAGGCAGAAGCGAAAGAAAAAUAGUGUUCUUUGCAUUUGUAUUACCAAAGAUUUGUGAUCCAGUUAGUAUACUUUGCAUUUCAUUUAAAGUAAAUUACGUUAAUGUAAAUAAGUUUUGAAAAUACAAUAAUUGUGUAUUUUCAACUGUCUAGUUAAUUACAGAUUUUGUUAUAUUA